AAUUUAUUUUUUGAUAAUGUUUGGAGGAUGAAAUUAUUUAUUUAUCUAAAAGAUAAAAAGAAAAAGAUGAAUUAUUAUUAGCGUGAUAUUUAUGGGGAAAGAGGAUAUUUUAGAGUGGAAUUCCAAUCAGUCACAGCGAUGGCUCUCUGCAACUCCUUCUUUGCUCCCUCUCUUCUGCAUCGUCCCUCACGUCUUCCUCGUCAAUUUUUGUGUGCCAAAGCUUCCUUAAGCUCUUCCUCCCACGAAUCUAAAGCACAGCAGAGUGUUUCGUCUGGAACUUCCGCCGCCACCGCUCCUUCUUCCUCCACUUCUUUCGUCGAGUCUAGGCCCCCUGACCCCGCCUUCAACUACACCCUCGCCAACCCCAACGGCAGCCCCCUCGUUAGGUUCGUUCGAGCCACCGAGUCUUCCAUUGAAAGGGUAAUUUUCGACUUCCGUUUCUUGGCGUUAUUUGCUGUUGCAGGGUCAUUGGCAGGGUCACUCUUGUGUUUUCUAAAUGGUUGUAUUUACAUUAUUGAUGCAUACAAAGUCUAUUGGACAAGCUGUGUUAAAGGAGUUCACAGUGGACAGAUGGUUCUGCGGUUGGUUGAAGCAAUUGAUGUUUAUCUUGCUGGUACAGUUAUGUUGAUUUUUGGUAUGGGCUUAUACGGAUUGUUCAUAAGCAAUAUUCCUCCUGAUGUUCCACCUACUGUAGACCGUGCCCUUACAGGGUCCUCUUUGUUUGGAAUGUUUGCUAUGAAGGAGAGGCCUAAGUGGAUGAAAAUAUGCUCACUUGAUGAAUUGAAAACAAAGCAGCAGGGAGCAAAGACUGAAGUUGCUAAGCCAAAAACCAAAGGGCUUGAAGAGCCUUCUGCAAUCACAAGAAGGUCCGUACUUAGUCUAGAUAAGGCUCUGUGCAAUGAAAGACAAACAAAAGAAAGACUGGCUCAUGACUAUCGCGGAUUAGUUACCUCUAUUGCAGCAGGGUAUCAAGGCAAAGGAUUAAGCCUUCAAGACCUCAUUCAGGAAGGAACCAUUGGACUUCUUAGAGGAGCAGAGAAAUUUGAGCCAGAGAGAGGAUAUAAACUAUCCACAUAUGUUUACUGGUGGAUUAAGCAAGCCAUUAUUAAAGCCGUAGCCAGAAAGUCCAGAUUAGUGAGAUUACCGGGUGGCAAGUGUGAGAUGGUGGCCAAAGUUGCUCAGGCCAACAAUAUCUUGAGCACAAGACUGAAGAGAAAGCCCACAUACGAUGAAACUGCUAAAGUGCUCAAUGUGAAGGCUUCCACCAUUAGGCUUGUUUCUGAAAAGAGCAGAGCACCAAUUUCAUUGGACAAAGUUGUAACUGAUUGUGGCCACAUGACACUUCAGGAGAUUAUAGCAGGGCCAGAGGACAUGACUCCAGAGAAGAUGGUUAAGAAGCUACUAAUGAAGGAGGAAGUGAUGGAUCUUCUUAACACACUUAGCAAGAGAGAAGCAGAGAUUGUGACAUUGCACUAUGGACUGAAUGGAGAUACCCCUCGCUCUUUCAAGGAGAUAGGAGGAAUGAUGCAGUUGUCAAGGGAGAGAAUCAGACAGAUUAAUGGAAUUGCAUUGUCAAAAUUGCGACAAACCAGUAAUAUAGAUGAUCUCAAAUUCUAUCUUGUAUAGAAAAAUAUUACUGAAAAAGAAGAAAUUAAAAUCAAUGUAUAGAAAGCAUGCAUGUUAAACCAAGUGUUCACUAUAUGUCAAUGUACAAUUUUACCACGAACCAAAACAACUGUUAUAUUAAUACAUGGAAAUUUAUA